AUGCUGAAUGCAGGUGAUAGGCAUGCGUCACAAAAUCUAGCUGUUUUCGCAUCGCCGUUCUCCAACGAGCCCAACAUCAGUGAAGACCAAACCUCACUUCCUGCUAGCAUCGGCCUGACUAAUAUGGCAUUUAUUGGCAACUCCGUCGACACCGGCUUCUCUGUGCCUUCUAGUUCUGGCGCCAAAGUUCACAGUGAUGCUCCAUUUCAGUCACCCUCCGGUCUCCUGCGCCAUUCUGUUGACCCUAACUACUUGAUUAGAGAAGAGGCAGUCCCUAUCAUUAGUAAGCCGGGGCUUCAAGCUUCUCGAACAGAAAUUGAACCGGAGGAUGAAACAAGAGGUCAUCAAGAAGGCAUCGAGACGUGGGGCACUGGUAUAAUGCAAGAGUUGAGUCAUUAG